AAUGUUAUCAAGUGAAUGGGAAUUAAGCAUAGCCAUUAUAGGGGAUUCAGGAGUUGGAAAAUCAACAUUUCUAUCAAUGUUUUUAACUAAUUCAUUUGUUCAACGACAUAAUGAUAAGAUAGCUAUCCAUCAUAAGGAGAUUAUGGUAGGAUAGAAGUAGGUUUAAUUAAAACUUAUUGAUAUUGUAACAUUUAAAUAUGAGUUAAAGUCUGGAAAAGAACCAUUUCGUUCUAUGGCAUGGGUUCAUUAUAGAACAUGUAUUGGAAUACUUUUAAUUUUCGAUCUUUCUAAUAGAGAUAGUUAUGAGAAUCUAAAAAAAUGGUAUGAAGAAAUUCAAUAAUAUGUGGAUUAAGAGAAAAUAGUAAUUAGAUUAGUUGGUAAUAAAUGUGAUAAACUUUUUUAUGAUAAUGAUUAAGGAAAGGAUGGUGGAAAUGAUAGGUAAAAGAGAAUUGUUAUUUAAUUGUAAGGCAUUUCAUACAAUUUGAAGAAGGUGAAUAAUUUGCAGCCACACAUCAAAUGUAGUAUUCUCAAACAUCAAGCAGUGUUGUUUCAUUGACUUAAGAUGAGAAUUAUUAGAGUAUCAAUUCUAUUAUCAUUAAAUUUACUGGAGAACUAUUGGAUUUUAUAAAAAAAUUUAAAGAAAAUGGUAAAUUAGAAGAAUUAAUGGGUGUUCGAAGUUUAUAAAAAUAAGUUUUUGUUCAGGAGAUUAAGAAAAAAACUAAUCGAAGUUCCUGUUGUUGA